UGUGGCUUCUCUUGAAAAAGAGGUGUUAGAUGCGCUAAAUCUAGUGAAGAAAUUAGGCCCCGAUGUCCGAGAAGGAAAGCGAAGGCAGUUCAAUUAUAUUGGAAAACUAUUGCGUGAUGUGGAACCGGAGUUGAUGGAUACAUUAAUUCGGGCUACAAAAGAUGGCGACCACAGUAAGCUGCAGGCUUUAUCUGGUUCAAAGACAAUAACAUUUGGAGAUAGUGAUGAAGAAUACGAUGAAUCUGAUAGUGAGGAUGAAGAGGAGGGCUCUCACAUUGAUAUCGCGACCAGAUGGUUGGAUGGUUUAAUCAGUAAGGACAUGGAGAUCACAAAUGAGGUUUAUUCCGUUUGUGAUGUCGAGUUUGAUCGUCAGGAGUUGCGUAAACUUGUUAGAAGAGUUCACUCAGCUGAAGAGAAACACGAGAACGCUGUUGAGGAAAAUAAGGUAGAAAUAGAUGCAGCAAUUGUGGGCGCCACGAAGUCUCUAACCCGUUUCCUCCGUGCAAUGGCAAAGCAAAUGCCCAGUGCCUAAUGCGUGAAUCUGAAUGGGUAUUCUUUGUGACACUA